UCAAUGGAGAUUGAUCACGAAUUGACUCCUUUUAAUAUUAAGAAAUUAGUAAAUAAUGGACACACAACAAGAGUGCUUUUUGAAUCUGAACAAGAUACUUUUAUUUGUGAAAUGUAAGUAUAUUAGUUAAUUAAUAAGUAUUGGUCCAAGUUAUCAAUAAUCACCAGAAUGUCAAAUAAAUAUAAAAUUAGAUGGUAAUGAAAUACUCAAGAGAGAUAUUUAUAAUUUAUUAAAACAUUUGAUAUUUACAGAGACAUAUUAGAAACAAUCCUUCACUGUGAUUUUUGAUAUAUGUCCUCCAUAUUCAAAAGCAUUUAAUGCCUUAUAUUAUGCUGUAUUAUUACAUGGAAUUAGAAUCAAAGAUUCAUUUGCAUCAUGUUCAGCUGUACUCUUUAAUUAUUUAAUAUAUAGUUUUUAGAUGAAAAUAAAAGACUUAUUGUAGAUAGAAAAGAGAAACAAUGGAGUGCAAAAUUAAAUUUGGUUUAUUCAAUUAAUUUAUAACAAAUAUUAUGUUCAGAUGUAAUAGGACAAUUUAAUAAUGAUGAUUUGGGAUUAUUAAUAUCUGGAUGUAUUAGUGGAUGCAAUCAGAUAUAUAAUUUUAUUAAAGAUCUCUGAGCAUAUAAAUUUGAUUCUAGAUUUUUAACAUAUAAAUAAUUAAUUGUUAAAUAUAUUUAAAAUGGAUUAAGCAACAUUUAAGGCAAUAAAAGUGAAACUUACAGAUUAUGAAAUUUUAUAAACUCUAGGCACUGGUUCAUUUGGUAGAGUUAGAUUGGCUAAAAAUAAAGAAACAGGGGAGUAUGUAGCUUUGAAAAUGUUAAAGAAAGCAGAGAUUUUGAGAUUAAAAUAAGUAGAUCACAUUAUAUCUGAAAAUACAAUCUUAUCUAAUAUAAGUCAUCCUUUCUUAGUAUACAAUUUUACUAUUUUAGAUUAAAAUGCUAGGAUUUACUUAAGAUGAAAGAUAUCUUUAUUUCCUUCUUGAGUAUGUGUAAGGUGGUGAACUCUUUACAUACUUAAGAAAUAAAGGUAAAUUAGAGAAUGAUGAAGCAGUGUAAGUUUAUUAUAAUUAAAUUAGAUUUUAUGCAUCUCAAGUUGUUCUUAUGUUUGAAUAUUUACAUUCAAAAAAUAUUGUUUAUAGAGAUCUUAAACCAGAGAAUCUCUUAAUUGGAUCAGAUGGUUAUCUAAAAUUAACUGAUUUUGGUUUUGCAAAAUAAGUUGAAGGAAGAACUUAUACCUUAUGUGGUACUCCAGAAUAUUUGGCUCCAGAAAUUCUUCUUAAUAAAGGUAUAACACUAUAUAUUAUCUAACUAAAGGACAUGGAAAACCAGUUGAUUGGUGGUGUUUAGGUAUCUUGAUUUAUGAAAUGUUGGCUGGAAUUGAUCCAUUUAAUGAUGAAGAUCCUAUGGCUAUUUAUUAGAAAAUAUUAAAGGGGAAGGUAAAAUUUCCCAGAAAUUUUUAACAGUAAGUAAAUUGAAUUCAUUUUUAUAUAGAGAAGCCAAAAGUUUAGUCAAACAUUUGUUAGUUGCUGAUUUAACCAAAAGGUUUGGAAAUCUUAAAGGAGGAGCUAAUGAUAUUAAAAUGCAUAGAUGGUUUUAAGCCAUGGAUUGGGAAUUUCUAGUUUAAAAAAAGCUAUAGCCUAAAUAUAAACCAGUAGUUAAGUAUAAGAAUUAAUCUAUAAAGGAACAAGGGGGAUACCUCUAAUUAUUCUACUUAUCCUGAUAGUACUGAGUUACCUAAACCAGUUAAACCUACUGAUGAUCCUUUUAUAGGAUGGUGAAUGU